AUGACCCUUGCAAAGAAAAUAAAAUCAGAGUGUUAUGCACCAGAUAAAGUGCGAAACUCAGGAAAUCUCAGAAAGACAUCUUUUAGAAGAGGAAAAUGCUGCACUUGUUUUUUUUUUGAUAAUACAAACUAUGUUAUACCUACGGAUAACGAUAAUAAUAAGUCCGAUACAUCAUUAUUACAGGUUGUAAUAAGGAUACAAAUCUCGGAUUUCGUAAGCGAUAAUGAUGAUGAUUCCAUAAAAGAUCCAAACUAUGAAUCAUAUUCCAAUAGCUCUAGUUAG